AAUGAAGUGUAAAAUUUUGAAAUUGUGAUAAGAUAAAUUAAUUAAUUGACAUUAUUUAAAUAUAAAACAGUGUAAUUGGAAAAGGAAAUAUGAAUAAAGGUUAGGGACCGGUUUAUCACGUGCUUACGUUAUAAAAACUUAUAAAAAAGUAAUUUGCAAUAAUAAAAAGCACAACAAAAAUCAAUUAAUUAAAAAAAAAACAUUGUAAUGCCUGGCAAUAAAUAAAAAACAAACAACAAGUGCAACAGAGUUUACAUGCCAAGAACAAAAAAAAACAAAAAGUUAAUAAAACAGCAACAAAAUCAAAACAACUGUAAUAGCAGCAAUGUUAUGUGGCAACACUGUUGAUACAUGACAAAACCACCCAGAGAAAAUUAUCAAUGUUAAAAAUCAAAUCAAAGCAUAGAAUAAUAACAACAACAACUAAUAGCAAUAACAUCAACGUAAUCAAAACAAAUGGCAAAUAUUUUUAAUUAAUACAAAGCACUCACACAAACCCAAACAAAUAAAACCAAUAAACAACAACAACUACAACGUUAGAAACAUAAACAAAACCAAAGUAAAGAGUUGCAUACAAAAGAGUAUUAACAUGCUGGAGUCUCUCUUUUCUAUACAUUUUAAGCCUUUUUGUUUUAAAUUUACAUAAACAAAUUCGGUUUAUUUAAAAUUUUAUUAGAAACCUCAACUAAAACAAAACAAAAUUUAGCAAAAUAUUUUAUAAAAUUGUUAAAGCAAAAUGUGUUUAAGUGAAAUUCUAUGUAACAAAAUGUUUUCCAAGUUUAAUAUUAAAUUAACAUUUCAAUUAUUAAUUAAAAUCGUCAUUGUUGCCGUGUCACUGUUUAAUGUUGUCAACUGUCAAACGGAGAGUGUAACAGAAACGUCCACACCUUUGGAUUUGAUGCUUUUAAAUGAGGGGGAUGUUGCUGUUGAAAAUGAUUUAACAAUUAAUCAAUUUAUAACAAAUUUAUCAAUAUUUAAUGAUGAAUCCAAUGAAUAUGACACGAGCAUAGUAAUGCUGCUGGAAAAUGUAACGCAUGCAUGUUUGCAGAAAUGCAUGGAAGAGGAAACUUCAUUUCUGAACGACUUUGGCCUCAAAUGUAAAGUGGGCGAAAAUAGACCGGAAUGUUAUCGGGCAAGGUGUUUUAAGGGUUGUGAACUGUGGUGGCAUGCCUUGAAAGAAUUUGAACCAUGCCAGGAAGCAUGUUCCUCAACGCAAUUUUAUCCUUUUGAUUUACCGUGUAUUUCCGCUUGUGAAACCACCCAAAGGCAGUAUUGGCAUUUGCAACGUUUACAUGUUGAACGUUUGUUAGCAACAUAUACAACUACUGCUGAUACAAAGUCAAAGGCCAUGUCUACAAGUGCUUCACUUCAACCGCAGCUGUUGCAUGAUAAUGAAACUUUGAACACAUUGACACUUAAAUGGCCCAUAACUACAGCAACAACAUCCAUUUUGCCAGCACUGUAUUUGGCCAGCAGACCAUUUAAUAUACAAUACCAAUAUGUGUUAAGAGCUGCGCCAUCAGCAUCAGCAUCACCAUCAUCAGCAGCAGCUUUAACUGUUAAUGACACCCCAGACAUCAAUAGUAGUGGCGGACAGAAACAACAUCAACCAUCCAAACAGCAUGAAAGACUAGAAAACCAGCCAUCAUCACUUCAACAACAAGAUGAAGGCGAUAAAUAUGAUAAUAUGGGUGAUGAUGACUAUGAGUCCGAGAAUGGGCUGGCAGAACAACAACAAGAACAACAAUGGUGGAAUUUAGCCGACUAUAAUUGUAAUGAGAAUUUUGAAUGUGACAUAAUGGAUGGCUUAAUGCCAUACACCUCAUAUAAGUUCCGUUUCGAAUUACCCUUCGGCGACAAUUUAUAUGAUGUCUUAUAUUCACCAGCCUCCGAGGUCUAUACCACACCAGCCAUGGGCAGUCCUAUAUCAAAACCCAUAAUCACGCAAGCUAUGGCUUUGGAUGACUCUCAUUUUGUGGUCUUUUGGCAACCAGGAAAGUUUACAAAUGGUCCUUUAACCCAUUACAAGCUGGUAUUGCAGCCAACCAUGCCAAAUGAGAAAUUUGAAAAGCAAGUUAAACAAUUAUUGCCUGCCAAUGCAACUUACCAUAUCUUCUCCAAGCUUUUACCCUCCACCACUUAUACUCUUCAAUUGAGUAUGCUUAAUGAAGAGGGCGAGGGACCCUGGUCAGCGGUUAAUGUAACCACAAAAGCUUUGCUUGAAACAAAGCUUAAAUUGGAUGAUUUAAAUACUUUGAUUAUGGCGGGAGAAUAUAGUAUUGUAAUGAAAUCUUUGGAUCCUUUGGUGGAGAGUAGGGUUCUAUUUAAGAGUGAGGAGAUUUUAACGGACUUUGAUGUGCAUCAGUAUUCGAAACGUUUGUUUGUGGUGGAUAAAAAGGGAGCGGUGGUGAGUUUGUUUAUGGAUGAUUCGGCCAAUUAUACUAAAUUGAAUUUGCUGGAUGAAGACACUGGUUUUGUGCCUUCCAAAUUGGCGGUGGAUUGGCUAAAUCAAAAGCUUUAUGUGGCGGGAGGGACUUCUGCCUUUAAUAUGUGGCAGUUAAAACGCUUGGAUUUCAAUGGCUCUUCGGUGGAAUUAAUUGCGGAUACUUUGAUUCCCUUGAAACAUUUACAAAUUGAUCCCUUAAAUGGCUGGAUAUUUGCCUCUAAUGAAAGAUUUGAAUUAUGCCGUAUUAAUUUGGAAUCUCUUAGGGUUCGAUACUAUACUUUACCCUUUGAGCUGGAGCACUUUUCCAAUCACCAUCAUGCCUAUUUGCUAAAUGCUUAUAAUGCCAAAGAACGUUCAAUUUAUGAACUUUCCUAUGAUACACAUUUUAAGGAACUAAAGUCUGGAGAGGUAGCCAGCCUCUUUAAAGGAGAUGUUUUGUGGUUUCAAUUGCUACAAGAUUGGCUUAUCCUAACUAAUGGUUCACAUUUGUUAAGGCAACAUUUGGAUACUCAAGAAUUGGAUGUUUUGGUUUUCAAGGAAAUUGAAUGGUGUUGGAAGCUUAUACCCUUAAUGUUGCCAGGUCUUAAGGAUCCUAUACAACCAUUGCCCAAACCUUUAAAGGAGCCACAAAAUCUACAGGCUGUUUUGUCCUCCAAUAAGGCCAACAUUUUCUGGCAAACUCCACAAUUAAUGAAGAAAUUCCAAACUAAGGCUGCCUGGCAGAAUUGGGAAUACGAGCUGGAUAUUUUGGAUGUAUCCAGUAAUAAUGCCUUUAAUAUACGCAGCAUUAAGACCACACAUUUCCAGGUGGAACGUUUACAGGCCAAUAAUUUGUAUAAAAUCAAGGUGAGAGCUUUGCUGGCUGGCCUAAACAGACAAGCUGUGAGUUCUACUACUACAGAGUGGUCUCAGGAGUUGAUUACCAGAACUUGGCCCAUGGAUAAUCAUCAUUUCUUGUGGGCUAGCGAAAAGGGUCUGUGGCAGAGUGAGGAAUGGUUGGAGCCAGCCCAACUAAAAGCUUUGGAGGCUGUUAAUAUACAAAGUUUCAAACAAGUCAACAGUUCUCUGUAUUAUAUAGAUAAAAACACACUUGAUUUGAGAUGUUUAAACCUAAUGAACCCCGAAAUUUCCUGUAGUUUCUGGCAAAGAAAUGUGUACAGUGUGGAUUAUGAUGGGCGUGGCGAAAAGCUUUAUUGGUCUGAUAUCAGCAAGAAUUGUAUUGUAAGAGCCGACCUAAAGGGAGAACAUAAAGAGCUAUUGGCAAUUUUUGGAGCCAGAUUAAUCAAACUGGAUGUUGGAAAAGGCUAUAUCUACUAUACCACUGACUCUAGAUUAGUGAGAAGAAAACUUAAUGGCGUUUUGCCGGCCCAAGAACUGGAAUAUUAUCACAAUAAUGGCAAUGGUGAAAACAUUUUGGGUUUUACUUUGGAUUUUAUGGCCGAAUAUAUAUAUUGGUGGGUUCAGCAUCAGGAGGGUAAGACAAGACUCUUUAGAUCUGCCUUGGAUUUUGUGAAAUCCGAAGAUUUGUAUGAUUUACCUGGAAACUAUCAAAUUUUGAGCGACUCAUUUGUUUUGUGGCCAGAAUUGAAAAGUUUUAUGUGGCUGAAGGCAUCUGGUGAGGAAAUGGUGGUGGCUAAUCAGCAUCAAAUACAACAAAUCACAGCCAUUCAAACACCUUUAACUGCCAAAGUAAAUUAUUUAGAAUUACGCCAUGAUUCCAUUAAUGUCAGGGAUCUCUCUGUUAUACCCGAAGCCAUUGAUCCGGAAAGUGUUUAUAUAACGGAAGGCUAUUGGGAUGAUUUUAAUAUAAAAUGGUCUGCAGUAAACUCUAAUGAUAACCAUACCAUUUAUUAUAAAGUUCUUAUCAGCAACUGGCCUCAACAGCCUGAAUACAUUCUAACCUUUGAGGUUGAGCAAACCAUAGUGCGUCUAACUGACUUUAAAAUGGCAGGUAUUAUGAUAAAUGUUAGCAUAACUCCUUGUAGCUUGUGGUCCCAGGGUAUUGCAGUUACGGUAGCCUUAAAAACUCCCUCGGCUGCCCCCAAACAGCCUAAGAAUUUAAGAGUCUUUGUGGAUCAGCUCAUGGAGCCCUUGCAGAAAGAAAGCAAUAUUACCGCCCUGGUAAGAUGGGAUUCUCCCGAUAAUAUUACCUCGGAAAAGGAGGUUUUCUAUAAGGUCUAUUGCUGGCUUAAAGAGGAUUUGCAUAGUGUUAAGGAUAUUGAGGAUUUGGGUGUGAAAACACAUGAGGUUCGGUUUUAUAAUUUGCUAAAGGAAGAGUCUUAUAUGUUCCAGGUUCAAGCCUUCUCCCUAACACGUUCCAAGGGUGGUGAAAAGACCUCUUUGCUUACACACUUUAUUAAUCCGGAUACCCAAGCCAUACCCAAAUUAUUAUACACCACACCCGAAUAUAUAGCGGAACUGGAUUUGGAUUUGAAUAACUCCAAAACCUGGGUUUAUACAUCCAGCGAGGUGGAACAUUUGUCUUUGUUAAGCGGUGAACAGCGUUUGAUUUGGGUCAAUGAAAAUGUAGAGCUAAUGUCUUAUCAACCUGGGGCAGCUUCCCUGAAACUGGCACGCAUGAGAGCUGAAGUCUUGGGCUUAACGGUGGACUGGAUAUUGCGCAAGGUCUAUUGGGCUGAGUUAACGGGGGAAAAGGAGAAUUUGGUGGAUAUCUAUGAGCUGGAUUUAAAUCAUUAUGAGGGCAAGGUUAUGCUGGGCACCAAGCUCUUCUCUCUAAACCCUGGCAAACUUUUGAAAAAUCUCCUAGUCUUGCCCUAUUCCCAUUCCUUAGUGUGGCUGGAAUAUGAGGUGGAAAAAAGCAAUUGUACUUUACAAGGCAGGAAUUUAUCGGACUAUUCUCAACUAAAAUUCAAAAAUCAUUUACUGUACAACAAUAUGUUUGAAGGUUCUCUAUUGGCCGAUAUGGAAUCAGUUAAUUUAGUGGACAGCAAGGGCAAACUAUAUGCCUAUGAGCUGCAAAGACAGCUUAUCACAGCCUUAAAGAUACCUCUGCAAGAAAUUGAGAUUAACUCCAAGUUCCAAAGAGAUGCGGGUUAUAUUUAUUCUCUACACAAUCACACUGUUAAGGCCUUUAAUAGGCGCAAACAUAAUCUGGAGUUUUCACAAUCAUUAAAGGAAAUAAAGCUAAUAAAAGCCUUCAACUAUCAGGAGUAUCCCAAAAGAGAAUGUUUAAUAAUGGAGUAUAAUGCUGAAAUGGGAGAAUUUAAUGCCUUGGAACAGUUAUUUGUUUCACAAGUUUCAGAGGAGUUUAUGGUUUUGCACUUAAUGAAAAAGAAUCCCUUUGAGAACUGUAAACUGCCUAUACCAGGUUUGAGUUACAAAGUUAAAGUAAAAGGACCAAAAGAGUUUGAGCAGGAAUUUAAGCUAAAACCUGGUCAACUCAACAUUACCGAUUUAAAGCCUUUUAGCAAUUACUCCUUGGAAAUCUCUGUCUCCUCCUAUUACCAACAAAAGUUUUUGCUUGAUGAAAUGCAAUAUCCGGAAUUUACCUUAAGAACCCAAGAAGGUAAUCCCUCAAAACCUUUAAAUUUCACUGCUCAAUCAGUAAGUCCCUCUGAAAUCUCGGUAAACUGGUUAGAACCCGAAGAACUUAAUGCUGAGGCGGUCUCCUAUCAACUUUACUGGCAGGCGGUAAAUUCUUCUUUAACCUCACACAAAAUUGUGGAGGACUUUGAGCUUACCAUCAUGAAUUUGGAGCCUUUGCAGGAGUACCUUAUAUGGCUGGAAGUCUAUUCCAAACCCUCUAAACUUAACAGCACCGAACAGCUGUUAAUUAAGACCUUACCCGAACCCGAAGCUUUACAAUUAGUGGAAAAAGAAGCCUAUAAUUUAACUUUACUGUGGCAGGCCAAUGCGGCUUAUGAUUCGGUAAUAUUGGAAUGUACUCCCUUAACACAAGAUCCUGAGGUCACGCCGUUUAGCAUAGAUAUAACGGAUAUAAAAGAUAAUAUCACCGUAACCAAUUUGGAACCCAAAACUAAAUAUGAAUUUUAUUUGAAACUACAAUUUGCCUCAGUGGCUAGGUCCUACAUAUGGCCGGAAUUGCCAAGUAACAAUUAUAUCUAUGAGACUUUGGGUGAUUCUCCAGGCAGACCGGGUCAACCACAAAUUGAACAUAUAACGGGAGAGAUUUUCAAGGUCUUCUGGGAGGCGGCCAAAGAUAAUGGAGCUGCCAUAACCGAAUACAGUCUGGAGGCCUUGCAGGCGCGCCAGCACAAAAGAAUACGCCGUAAUAUUAUCAUACAACAGCAGAACAUAACCAACUCCUCCUCCAUUACCAUGCUGGCUCAACUGCCUUGGGUGGAAGAAUUAGAGCCCUUGGAAGAUAAAUGGUUAUCCUAUUGCAAUACCUCCGAACUAAGUUGCAUUGUACGUGAAUUACAUACCAUGCGUUUGCUAAUGUUUCGUGUGCGUGCCCGUAAUGAACCCUAUGGCUGGGGGCCAUACAGUGAGGAUAGUGAACGUGUUUUAGAACCAUUUGUCUCACCACAAAAACGCAACUCAUUAGUGCUGGCCAUUAUUGCCCCAGCAGCCAUAGUAACCACCUGUGUUAUAAUACUCUAUGUCAUAUGUAAAGUGCAAAAACGUCGCCUAAAAGCCAAACAAUUAUUGGCCAAAAGUCGUCCCAGUAUUUGGAGUAAUUUGUCAACUAUGCAACAGCAAUUGGCAUCACGUAAUAGAGCAUUUUCUAUGGCCAGUGCAUCGACCAUGUAUACGGGUGGUCCUUUGAGUGAUGCUGAUAUUGCUUUGUUGCCGCAUAUUAAUUGGAGUCAAAUUACUUUGUUGAAUUUCUUGGGCAGUGGAGCGUUUGGAGAGGUGUACGAGGGCAUGCUGAAGUAUGAGGAUCAAGAGGAAAUGGAAAAGGUGGCCAUAAAGAGUUUACGCAAAGGAGCCAGUGAAUUUGCCGAACUUCUGCAAGAAGCCCAACUGAUGAGUAAUUUUAAGCACGAGAACAUAGUACGUCUCAUUGGAGUGUGCUGUGAUACCGAAUCGAUUUCCAUAAUAAUGGAGCAUAUGGAAGGAGGAGAUUUACUUAGUUAUCUGAGAGAGUCAAGACCCAAUUCCACAAAACCGGUGGCCUCCCUACAGCUGUUGGAUCUCAUGUCCAUGUGCAUAGAUGUGGCUACGGGCAUGGCCUAUUUGGAGGAUAUGCAUUUUGUGCAUCGUGAUUUGGCCUGUCGCAAUUGUCUGGUAUCCUCUCGAGUGCCCAGUAGGAGGACAGUCAAAAUAGGAGACUUUGGUUUGGCGCGAGAUAUUUACAAAAAUGAUUAUUACCGCAAGGAGGGAGAAGCCUUAAUGCCGGUACGCUGGAUGGCUCCCGAAAGUCUGGUGGAUGGAGUGUUUACUACCCAGUCAGAUGUAUGGGCUUUUGGAGUCUUAUGCUGGGAGAUAUUGACUUUGGGCCAGCAGCCCUAUGCGGCUAGAAAUAAUUUUGAGGUUUUGAAUUUUGUAAAGGAGGGAGGCAGAUUGGAGCAGCCGGAUAAUUGUCCAGAUAAAUUCUUCAGCUUAAUGACCGCCUGUUGGCUGACAGAGCCCGAUGAGCGUCCCACCUUCCGCAAAUGUUUCAAUUCUUUGCUAGCCAUUAAAACCGAUGUCAGACGUGUCAGUUUGGGCUAUAAUAUCGAUGACAGUGACUAUGCCAUGUAUGCCAAUCAGCAUGGCAUUGUCUUAAGCAGUUUCUUGGCUUCGCCCAGCUUAAAUAAAGUCAAGGAAGAAGGAGAGGAUGAGAAAGAGAGCCAAGAGGAACAGAAGCAAAAUCACAAAUAUGAAAUAAGACAAAACUCUUUGAACAGUCAAAACGAAGAGCAGCAGUCAAGUCAAGUAAAAGACAAAACUCCUGAGGUCUUAACAGACAAAAAUGAUUUAAAAGUACGUUUCAAUAACAAUAUCUCCAUGAAAGCUAACGAAGAAUCAGAGUCCUUGAAUGAUGAAACACAUUUGAUUGACACAAAAUUGUAUAGAAUACAGGAAAAUCCAGAUUAUUAUGUUAAUGAAGGGGUAUCCAGGUUAUAAAUGAGGAAAACAAAAGCCAAAUAUCAUUGAAAUCAUUUAGCUGUAAUUAGUUUAAGUCAUAAAUUAACGAAUUUUUCUAAAUAUAAGAGACUGUUUUUGUUUUGAAGUUAA